AUAACAAAAAAAAAAGCGCUCGGAGUUUGACAUUCUGUCCGCCUGUUGGAAUGAAACCGAUCCGCGUGUCCACGUGUUUUGUCAAUUUGCAUAUCAUUUUAAUAUGUAAGCUCGUCUCCCCUAUCAGCCGAAGCUUGCUUCCAACGCAAACUCUAUUUGUCAGAUACGGGUCUGGACGCACAAAUCGGAAAGCUCGGCGUUUUUGCACCCGCCCUCUCAGACACGUUGCGUUGGGAGAAGUAACACGGGGCCACACAACUGCAGGUCUACAUCACUGAAACCACGCACAGCUCUCAACAGAGACUCGACAGGCGCUCCAGUUGUGUUUGGAUGUACUGCUGAAACAAAGGACAGUGUGCGACCAUUCGUCCCAUCCGGCUUGAGGUCAGUGAUGGUCCGUGCUGGUUAGAUCCUGCUUCCUAAGAUGUCAGCUUCAGAUUCGGAAUAUUCCAUUGACUGGCUGGCCAGUGAUGAUGAGGACAGUGAUAGUGAGUUAGAACCAGACUGUACCAAAGUGCAGGGACAAACCACCUUGCCAAAAUCCCCCUCCUCAAGGGUCAUCCAGGGGGCCCAGACUUGCCAGUCGUUCUCAAAGAGGAAUGGAGAUAAAGGGGAGGUAAUGGACAAAGAGAACAUGAGCUCUCGGGGAAGUUCUCCUUCCAGCUGCGAUAGUACCGACUACAGCGAGGACGGUGGCCAUUCUCACCUGGGACAAGAGACUCGGACCAAUUACAGCCGGUGCCCUGAAAGCCCUGUAGGCAAAAAGAGGCAGACGCUAAAGAGAACAAGGAGCUCCAUGGUGCCAGAGCAAAGGGAGAGGCAGCUCACACCUGAACAAAUGGAGAAAGACAGGCUGUUCGCAUGCAAGUGCUUGGAGCUGCAGUGUUACAUUCACCCACUGUCCUCAAUCCUUAAUGGCCUCCGCUCUGGCAGAUACAGAGAACGCCUCAGCACUUUCCAAGAGAGUGUGGCCAUGGACCGCAUCCAGAGGAUAAUGGGAGUCCUGCAGAAUCCCUGCAUGGGAGAGAGGUAUGUCAACAUCAUUCUGAAAAUGGAGGAAAUGUUGAAGAACUGGUUCCCUCACAUAAAACAUCAACGAAGCGACCAAGCCAACACUGCAGCACUGAUGGAGGAGACGACCCUGUCUAAGAAACCCAAGUUGUCUCCAUCUACAUCUCCCCUGCUCACUGGCAUUGCAAACCCUGCCACCACAAGUGCCCUUUUUAUGGGUAACAAAGCAAUGAGAGUCAGCGACCUCACUCCCCCAGGGCCCUACUCUGCAACCAACCUAAAAUGGCUCCACACAUCACCCAUCUGCUCCCUGACAGCUGAACAAGCUCUGGGGACAGUUCGGAACUUUCUAAUAGCCCACAGGGACAGGGACACAACACAGGACAACUCCGUGUCCUCCAGCACGGACCAUCUGUGUAAGACAGAGUCUGCUCCCAGUCGACCACGUCCAGCCAAGAUUAACGCGCCAUGCCUUGAGAGACUUCUUAAAUCCACAGAGAGUAUCAUCACCCAGAAAGGCCCAGUGGGCUUGGGUGGCAUGGCAGCCGGUGGAUGGUCCUAGUCCUUCGAAAAGGCUCUGUGAGAUCAGAGCCUAGCUAGAGCGUGACUGCCCCCAGCUGGUCUGGAGUCACCUGACUCCAGCGCAAUCCCUGCCUCCAUUCUAGCCUUGCAGAGAGGCACAGAACCGCAGCAGAGGGAGUUCAGCGCAGCCCAGCAAAACAGAGACGCAUUCAGUUACGAACUGAAAAGUGUUGGAGUGUGAUCUUUGUGCGUGUCUGAUUUGUACGUCAGCAUCUAUUCCCUUUCUGUU